AUGAUGGAGGAAGAUGAACUCUGCUUCCCAGAGUUCUUUAACUCCUCCUGCAGAAAGCUGAAUCUUCCUCACAUUGAAGUCAUCCUCAUGCACAUUGUGCUUUACUCAAUCUCUGUCAUCACUGCAUUUCUUAACUUGCUGGUCAUCAUCUCUAUUUCACACUUCAGGCAGCUGCAUACUACCACCAACCUCCUCCUUCUCUCGCUGGCCAUCUCAGACUUCUCUGUGGGCCUUAUAUUGUUAUUUCAAAUUGUGCUCAUAGACGGCUGCUGGUUUCUUGGAGACAUUAUGUGUACUGUGUAUCAAUAUUUAGCAUAUGUUAUCACUUCUGCAUCAAUAGGAACAAUGGUGCUCAUAUCUUUUGACCGAUAUGUAGCCAUUUGUUACCCUCUCCAUUACUCCACCAAAAUCACACAAGGCAGAGUAAAGAUUUGCAUCUUUCUAUGUUGGAUCAGUUCUUGGCUAUUUCAAAGUUUGAUUCUGUUGGACAACCUCAAACAGCCAGGCAGGUAUAACUCUUGUGUUGGAGAAUGUGCCUUUGUCAUUAGCCAUAUAGCAGGAUAUGUGGAUCUUGUCUUUUCCUUUAUUGUUCCAAUUGGCGUUAUUGUAGUUUUGUAUCUCAGAGUGUUUGUGGUUGCCAUAUCUCAGUCUAGAGCCAUGCGCUCUCACAUUUCAGCUGCCCCUCUCCGUCAUUUAGUGGUUGCUAAAAAAUCCCAAGUAAAGGCAGCAAAAACCCUUGGUCUUGUAGUGUUAGUUUUUUUGCUCUGUAUGUGCCCAUAUUAUUGUGUUGCUCUCUCAGGAGAAGAUAGCUCUAUGAGUGCUUCUUCAGCUGCAUUUGUCAUAUGUUUGUUCUUUUUUAACUCCUGCUUAAACCCCAUAAUCUAUGCCUUUUUUUACCCCUGGUUUAGAAAAUCAAUUAAGCUCAUAUUUACCCUUCAGAUAUUCCAGCACGGCUCCUGUGACAUCAAUAUGCAGUAG